AGACGCAAACAAUUUACAAUGUGUGAGGUGACCCAAGUUAAGAUGAACAGAGACAGAACCUUGAUGGACCCUGACUUUUCAGGAUAUAAGCUGAGUCUGGAGGGAUUGGCAGUUACCAGAACUAGCCUUGUACAUGGACCUGUACAUACAUUACCGACAGCAGACAUGUACAGUUUUCUACACGCUAAGAUGUUUGGGGAGCACAACCAUCUUGUUCUCGACACUUUUAACGAGAAUAUUGUUUAUUUUAUCAGUGGGAACGGCUCAGUGUAUUCCGUAGGAGAGGAUGGAACUCAGACGGAGGUUUGGAACCUACCGGAGUCUGGUAAGGACCGGAGCUACAACCCUGCUCUGGUAUUUGCCUCAGAGAAUCUGGCAAUUCUCUCCGACGGGACGGAAACACUGUUUAUACUGGAGACUGGGGAUAGAAAGUUGGGAGGUAAGUGGAAAGCUGUGUUUCAUGAUGCAGUUUGUGGGAAGGAUCGUUCAUUUGAGGCUAGAUAUGGAGUACUACAGGCAGAAGGUUCGGAACUAGAGGUGGUUCUGCAGUAUGUCGAAGAGAAGGAAAAGAUGGACGGAGCGGAGAUGCUCCCUAAAUCCUCCGGAGAGUCCUCGUUCUUUAACGUUUUGGAGUGGAUCAGCUUCUCUAGAGUAGAGAAAGACAAAAGUUGGAUGAUGGAGCGAGUACGACGUGUAAUAAGUCACGGUGGAUUCAACUACGUGAGUAUAACCGGUUCCAACCUUGCUGUGUCGGCGGAGAAGAAAACUAUCCUGGCCUUUGACUCUCUCCACCCAGUGGAACACCUCAACCUGGAGAAGGAGGAGAAGAAGGAUGAACCCCCGCAUUUCUACUGGAAGCAGACGGAUAAGGAUAUAGAGAUGUGGUUCUACGUUAUCUCGGACACAACGAAGAACCUGAUUAAUAUAGAGGUAAAGGAGGAUGUUCUCGAAGUUAAACUUCAUGGUAGUGAUCUGCUCCGAGGGCAGUUUGAAGGGAAGAUAGAGAAGGAUAGCUGGACCUGGACCCUGGAAAACGGGAAGGUUGGAAUAUUAAUGACAAAACAAACUCCAGGUCUCUGGAGUAAGGUUUGGGGAGUGGAAGGAGGAGCUCGAGGUCUGGAGGUUACAGAUACAUCAGCAGACACGGUUCUACCUCAUCUUACAACAGAUAAUCCUAUCUGUACUGGAGAACCUUCCGGAGAACCAGCAUUUAACGCUCAGGAGUUGGAGAGUGUAGACGACUGUAUGGAUGAGAACUCUAUGUUAAUUUGGCAGUCUGGAGCAGGUUCCCAACAUGUAGCUAGCCUAGCAGGUCAGCAGCAUCUACUGGUCGUACAGCAGCUUGGGUCAACUCCUCCAGCUCUAUGUGUCAGAUAUGACGUAGAUGGUUUUGUUUGGAAGAUUUCAGAUUCUCAGUUGGAACACGUUGCUUCCUUUCCUGCUCUGGGUUAUGUUCAGGCUGGGAAGGCAUCUAGAAAGUUCCUUGUAGCUCCUCACACCUUCUCCUACUCUGCUAUCUGUGAUGCCUCAAGACAUGUUUAUAUAUACAGGCAACCUAAACCCCUGGAACCCGGACAUGAAUUAAGAAACCGGAAGUCCGGAACUAAGAUCCAGGGCGUGGCUAUGCAGCAGGUGGUUACACUAGAGAAUAACGAAGAGAUCCUGGGGAUUAGGGCCACACCCUCCCUCAUAUUUAUCAUCACGCCCCAUUCUCUGUACAGGAUACAAGUCUAAUCCAUCUCUCGUCAUAUUACAGUAUUUAUUUUCACUUUUCUAUCGUACUCGCCGAGUCAGUAAAUUUCACGACGUGUUUUCCUCUCCGUUUAACGAAAUUUUAUUUUCAGA